CUGAUGCCAGGGUCGAUUUAAACCCAGAAAACAUACAGGUACUGAUCGUUGCGCUCAUAUUGUGUUAGCCAGGGUUAUGGAUUUAAACUCAUCCUGAAAACAAACUGGAAUCCGAUUUUUAGUCUGAAUAUCCAGUUGACAGCAUUGGUUUGGUAGCACUUUCAUGGAGGCAGCUGGUGUUUUUGGGAUGGAAGUGGCAACGCGAGGGCUCGUAGGGGGCAGCGGCUCGAUCCCUGACUUGGAUGGCGACAGUCGGGGCGCACUGGCAGAGCUUGGGGAGCUGGCUGUCCCCUGCUGCGGUGAGGAGUCCAGAGGGGAGACCCCGGGGCGCGAGGACAGCCGAAUUGACCCUCCAGAUGGCGAGCUGGACCCUGACAGUGACAAGAGCAAGGAGAAGAAAGGGUUAGGAAAGGAGGUCCUGCUGUUGAUGCAAGCCCUAAACACACUGUCAACACCUGAGGAGAAACUGGCAGCUUUGUGCAAGAAAUAUGCAGAUCUGCUGGAGGAGAGCCGCAGCAUGCAGAAGCAGAUGAAGGUGAUGCAGAAGAAGCAGUCCCAGAUCAUCAAGGAGAAGAUCCACCUGCAGGGCGAGCACAGCAAGGCCAUCCUGGCGCGCAGCAAGCUGGAGAGCCUGUGCAGAGAGCUGCAGCGGCACAACAAGACCCUCAAGGAAGAGAACACCCAGAAGUCUCGGGAGUAUGAGGAGCGGCGCAAGGAGGCCACGCUGCACUUCCAGAUGACGCUGAAUGAGAUCGAGGUCCAGAUGGAGCAGCACAAUGUCCACAACAGCAAGCUGCGGCAAGAGAACGCUGAGCUGGCCGAGAAGCUGAAGAAACUCAUCGAGCAGUACGAGCUGAGGGAGGAGCAUAUAGACAAGGUGUUCAAGCACAAGGAACUGCAGCAACAGCUGGUGGAUGCCAAGCUGCAGCGGACCACAGAGCUGAUGAGGGAGGUGGAGGAGAAGCACCAGCGAGAGAGAGACUUUCUCCUGAAGGAGGCCACAGAGUCGAGGCACAAGUGCGAGCUUAUGAAGGAGCAGGAAUCCCAGCUGAAGCAGCAGCUCUCUCUGUAUAUGGACAAGUUUGAAGAAUUCCAGACGACUCUCGCGAAGAGCAACGAGGUGUUCACCACAUUCCGCCAAGAAAUGGAGAAGAUGACCAAGAAGAUCAAGAAGCUGGAGAAGGAGACGAUGUUGUGGCGCACAAAGUGGGAGAACAACAACCAGGCGCUCCUGCAGAUGGCAGAGGAGAAAACGGUGCGGGACAAACACUACAAGGCUCUUCAGGCAAAACUGGAGCGCUUGGAGAAUCUCUGCAGGGCCCUGCAGAGGGAGCGCAACGACCUCAACCAGAAGCUGGAGGGGUUGCAGGGCCCACCGGUGGAGGCAGAGCAGGAGGGGGAAGGGAAGGGGGCUGGGCCGCCAGACGUCCAGCCAGAGGAGCAGGCGGAUGGCCAGUCCUCCUCCUCUGAAGAAGGGGCGGGGUCUGACAGGGAGGGGGUGGGGCUUCAGCCCCUUCCCCCUGAUUCGGAGGGAGACUCCGCCCCUAGCCUACCCCAGGUACAGCCCCUUGUUGAGUGAGCAGGGUCAUUGGCCUUUUGUGGAGGUAUAUAUUUUUGUGUAAUGGUAAUGAUAAAGUAAGAAUAAU